UUUUGCACGGGAGACGAUGUUUCCUGGAGGGAAGGAUUACAGCGUUGCAAUCCGACCGCGCAACAACAACAAGAAAGUCGAAAAUAAAGUCGAUUUAAAUCUUAAAACUUCAUCCAGUAACGCUUUUAACAAACCCGGCGGCCCGUGUCUGUGGAGGAGUUGCAUUUAGGAAUAUAAAACCCCUCUUAAUAUUAAUAUCUCUAUUUUUUCCGAGGGUUUAUUUUUUAAAAUAAUCCUCGGCUAUGUCUGCUGUAUUUGAAUGCGGUUCCGUUUCGGUGCAGCAGCUGCACGUCGGCGCCACCAGCCCUCAGGAGCUUGCCCAGAAGAUCAAAGCCUUCAUCAGCGGCGUGGAUCCAGUGAAGGGCCACAAACUGACCUUGAAGGACCACGCCAAGUGCGCCGUCCUCCUGCUGCGGACCGUGCCGGCGUGCCGGGGCGCCGCGCUGGAGCACCUGUGCGGCGUUUUCGACGAGUACGUGGGGGGGUACGUGCUGGAGCUGGACUGCGACCUCGGGGCGGGAGGUAGUGGAGGAGGAGGAGGAGGUACGGGAGGAUCUGGUUCUAGAAACCUGGACGACAUCGUCCAAGAAAUCCACGGGGUCCUGUCGGAGUUCGUCCGCCUCAACCCCAAAGCCUGGGCCCCCCUCGUGUCGGGCUGGUCCAUCGAGCUGAUGGGUCGCCUGAGCAGCAAGUACUCCGGCCGGCAGUGCACCCCCCACGCCGGGAGCCUCAACGAGCUCCUGCAGCUGUGGAUGUCCUGCAAGGCCACCAGGACCCUGAUGGAGCUCUACAGCCAGUGCUUGACCGCCAUGAUCAGCAGCUGCCCGGACGCCUGCGUGGACGAUCUCCUGGACACUUCUGUGCGGCACUCCCCCCACUUCGACUGGGUGGUGGCCCACAUUGGCUCCUCCUUCCCUAACACCAUCAUCAGCCGGGUCCUCUCCUGCGGGCUCAAGGACUUCUGCGCCCACGGAGGAGGAGGAGGAGGAGGAGGAGGAGGGGGUGGGGGUGGGACCGGGGCUGUCGACGGCUCUCCUCCCCCCCAGUCCUUCCCGGACACGCGCGUCCCCAAAAUCGCCUCGGUGGUGGGGAUCCUGGGCCACCUCACCUGCCACCACGCCGACAGCAUCAAGCAGGAGCUGCUGGGGAUGUUUCACGAGAGCCUGGGGGCCGCCGGGACCCAGCAGAAAGCCGCCACGGUCCCUUUCCUCCUGCAGCUGGCGGUCAUGUCUCCGGCCCUCCUGGGCGCCGUGUCCGCGGAGCUCGUGGAUUCCCUCAAGCCCCCCGUGCUGAACCAGCUCCAGCAGCUCCUGGGUUCCCUGCCCAGGGAGGAGCAAGAGAACAUGGUCAGCCUGGCCGUCCACCUCCUGGGACAGACCUCCACCGGGGCCUUCCGGCUCCUGCGCUUCCUGGUCGACACGGCCAUGCCCGCCUCCGUGAUCAUCGCCGCGCCCGGGCUGGCGGUCCACGAGGGCGCGCGGGAGGCCUGCGAGCGCGUGGUGCAGCUGCUGCUGCUCAGCCUCCAGAACCUGGUCUUCAGCCUGGGAGGGGAGUCUCCCGGCUCAGCCAGGCCGGCGAUCCCCUUCCUGGACGGGCUGAGGGCCCACGUGCGGGAGCUGUGCGUUGAGACCCUGCGGCUGGAGAGGAAGCGCCACCUGUGGCUGCACCAGCUGCUGGCCCUGCUGGCCGUCCACGGGGGCCCCAGCUGCGCCACGGAGGCCCUGUGCCACAUGCUCACCCUGGCCCGCACCCAGGAGGAGCUGGGCCUGGCCGCGCAGCUCCACGCCGCCGUGCUUGUCUCCUCCAGCUCCUCCUGCGCGGCCGGGCUGCUGCCUGCCACGGUGCAGAGGUGCGUGGCUCAAAUCCACGCCGGGGGACUGACGGAUCAGCAGCUGGCACAGCUGCUCAGCAACCUGGCGCUGAUGGCGCAGUGGGACCAGCAGAAUACUACUACUACUACUACUAAGGAAGAAGGCAGCGGAAGCAGCGCCAGCUCCAUCAUGAGCGCCCAGGUUGCCCGGAUCGUCUCGGCCUCCCACCUCCACGACUUCAGCCCCCUGCUGCUUCAUGACAGCCCCCUGGUUUCGGAUGCCGCAGCCUCCCUCCUGUCCUCCACCCGCUUCCCCGGGUCCCUGCAGCCCGCGCGGCUCCUCAGCGUGGCGCGGGCGGCCGUGGCGCACUUCUUCCUCUCCCUGCGUCGCCGCGGAGGCGGGGGGGUGGUGACGGCCGAUUCGGCCCGGCUCCUGGCCCGGCUGAGCUCCGUGUCCUCGCUGAGCCUCAAGGCCGUGCUGCAGCUGCUGGUGGAGGGGGCCCUGCUGUGGGGGGGCAACGCGGAGAUGUUCGGCGGGAAAAGGGUACCCCUCUCCGGGGCCGCGGCCCCCGCGGAAGGCGCCUGCCCGGGAGACACGAGGGCGCCCCUGCUGGAGGUCAACCGCAAGUUCGGCACGGCUGUCAACUUCUCCGGCGGGGGGGGUGGCGGCGGCGUGUGGUCCGUGUUCCACGCGGGAAUCGUGGGGCGCGGCCUCAAGCCCUCCCCUCCUCCUCCGUCGGCAACGGCAGCCCCCAGCCCGGCUCCGGAGGAGGUGCUUCUGAACCAGCACCUCUUCGUGGACGCGGUCGCCCGCUGCUGCUGCAGCAGCAAGUACCACGCCGGCACGGGCAGCGGCCUGGAGGAGCCCCAGGCUUCUCCCGUCAGCCCCGAGGCGGCCAAACUGGUGGCCAUGGCGCUGGCGGAAAGCGUCUGCCCGGACGUGGCGAACGGAGAGCUCCCCUGGCCCCCCGAGGACCACGCCCGGACCACGGUGGAGCGCGACAUCCGCAUUCGCCGGCGCUUCGAGGAGAACCCCCUGCUCUUCCAGCUGCUCCGGCUGGUGGCUGCCGGCCGGCCGGCCCUCUGCUACUGCUCCGUGGUCCUUCGUGGCCUGCUGGCCACCCUCCUGGCCCACUGGGAGGGCUCCCGGGAGGCCACGGCCCUAGCCUCGCCCUGGCACCUGCGCGCCUCCUCCGUCCUCGUGGCCUGCAUGGGGGAGGCCCAGCUGCUGCCCCCCGUGCUCGGCAACAUGCACGAGGCGUUCCCCUUCCUCGCCCCCUUCGAAGUGCGCCUCCUGCUGCUCAGCGUGUGGGAUUACAUGCGGGACAACAGCCCCCUGCCGCAGAGAUUCAGCUUCAACGCGGAGACGGGGCUGUUCUACCGGGACUUUGCCAAGGACGGGGACAUGUCCAAGUACCUGAGCGUCCUCUACAGCGUCCUGCACAAGAACGUGGACAGGCUGGGACACCUGUGCGGGCGCUUUCAGCUCUGAGGGACGUCCGGGGGACAAAAACAAAAAAAAAGACGAGGCGAGACGAGAUAAGGGAUGAGACGGCGAUACCGCUAAAGCAGCUUUUUGAAAUGUCUGUCUGUCUGUCUGUCUGUCUGUCUGUCUGUCUGUGUCUGUCUGUCUGUCUGUCUGUCUGUCUGUCUGUGUCUGUCUGUCUGUCUGUCUGUCUGUGUCUGUCUGUCUUUGCGUUUCUUAAUUGUUCAUAUUGUUUGUUGUUGUUUUGUUUUUUCUUACAUUGGAAUUUCAGUAAAGACUUUUCGUGCGUGUA